AUGCCGCUCAAGAAGAAUCGAAAUGGCAACUCGCUCUCGCACGAGCAGCCCCGAAUGCGAAUCCUGAUCACGAAUGGCCGCUUCCCAGUCUCCCUCGACCUGGCCCGACAGUUCUACUCGGCAGGCCAUACCGUGCACUGCGUCGAUCCGAUGGACUACCACGUCUGCAAAUUCUCAAUCGCUGUGUCACAAAGCAGACAAGUCCCCGCUCCUCAUGACGAUCCUCAAGGAUACAUCCAGGCGGUGAAAGAGUGGACGCUGCAAUGGAAAGUCGACAUGAUCAUCCCGAUACACGAAGAGGUGUUCGUCCUCGCAGGCUGUUCGGAGCCAGAGAUUCUUGAGAGACUCUUCGCGCCGCCAUUUGACCUGCUCGUGAGGCUGCAUCACAAGUAUGGGUUCUCUCAACUCGUGGACGAGAAGGGCUUCGAUGUUCCAGAAGCGUAUCUCUGCAAGAGCAUGGACGAUGUCAUGAAUCUUCCGCUGGACAGAUAUCAACAUGGUAUGGCUCUCAAGCCCUGCUUCGGCCGUGCAGCUUCAGGCCUCUACCACCUGAGACCUGGGGAACCGAUUCCAGAAGACAUUGACAUUGGUCCCCAUAACCACUUCAUCGCGCAGGAAUGGCUGGUUGGAAAUCGCUUUUGCAGCUACAGUAUCGUCCGCUCGGGGCGAGUCGAAGCUACUGGCCUCUAUCCUGUCCUGGAGACCAUCGAUGGUAGCAGUAGCGUCUUCUUCCAGCAACGCUUCCAUGGCCCAAUAUAUGACUACAUCAACAAGUUCGUCGCCUCCUUACCUGGCAAGUGGAGCGGCCAAAUCGCCUUCGAUUUCAUCGAAACACAAGACCGUCUCGUCGCGAUCGAGUGUAAUCCCCGCUCUACAUCCGGCCUCCAUCUUUGGUCGAACACCCCUUUCCUCGCCCGCGCAAUCACAGGCACCCUACCGAAAGAAGAAAUCGAACGCCCCAUUCGGCCUCCGAAAUCCAAGCUCAACCGCGAAUCACACUCCCAAGUGGCAGCCGGAAUGCUCAUGUGGGAGCACAAAACCGCCACGUUGAGGGUCUGGGCGCAACAUAUGAAGAGAUUGGUAGGGACAAGGGACGUGAUCUGGAAGUGGAGAGAUCCGAUGCCUACUGUUGCGCAACCGUUCUUGUUGACGGAAUACUAUCGUGUCAGCAGGCGCACGGGACAACAGUUGCCGGUCAUGUUUCAGGAGCAUUUGAUUUGGAAGCCGAAGGAGGAAGAACAAGAAAAGGUGCAGAAGCUACUGCAGAGUAGUGUUGGUGAUGCAGCGAAGGGGUUGGAGGGAGAGGAGAAGGUUGACAGUGCGCAUGAUCACCGGGAGAGGACGAGUUCGUGGUCUGAUGGGAAGAAUUGA